GAUAAGUUCCACACAUAUGUAAUCCUGAAACUGCAGAAUGUCAAAUCAUCUACAUUACCUGUUAAAGGCAAGAAUCCUGUCUGGGAUCAGGAUUUUGUUUUUGAAACAAUGAGAUUGGACACAGUACUGGUCAUUGAAUUGUGGAAUAAAGGAUUGUUAUGGGACAAAGUGCUUGGCACUCACUGGCUACCACUGGCUACCAUUAGCAUUUCUAACACUGAUGGUGAUGGUCAAUGGAUCUCAAUUGACAGUGAGAUAGUGCUGAAGAAUGGAGAGACGUUUGGGACACAAUCUCCUACCGGUCAUCACGUCCUCAUCGACUGCAGAUUUGAGAUUCCAACGUACAAUAACAAUAAUAACAACAUUGGUUAG